AUGGCGGAGCCGCCCCUGAGCCGCGUCUUUCCGGGCGGCGCGCCCUCGCCUUCGGCCUUGACACAAAAGAUCGCAGGCCAGCGGCAGCUGCAAGUUCCCGAGGAGGUGGAGUACUUACCACCUCUUCGUGUGGCACCUCCACGACCCAGGAUCCCGGGCGGCACAGAAUUUUAUGGCGCCGUGCCCAAGCACAGUGCGACUUUUGCAUGGUCCGAGCUCUGUGCGACGCCGUCGCCGGAGGAUUCCCUGGCUCCCGUGCCGCAGAUCCCCAUGAAGACCUGGUACAAUUCGUACGUAUACGUUCCGGAAGAGGGCCAGCAGGAUCGCCAGUAUUUACAACGCUUCACUCGCGGACCAAACGGUGAGUGGAUCGACGUGGUCAAGGCUCGCAGACUCGUCGAUGCGAUGGAGGAGCGGCGGCAACAGCAGAUGCGAGACUACAUGGAAAGGGAUAUGGUCCUCGCUGGGAUGCGCGCAAUGGGCUCCGGCGCCCUGAGCGCAGGGAUGGGUGCCAUGCAGAUGGGGAUGAGUGGUAUAGAAGCUGGUUGGGGUGCGAUCGAUGCGGGCUUCAGUGCCCUAGAGGGAACACCGGGAAGCCGGUCCGUGGGGCGCACCGGCAUGCAAGCGGGAGACGGAAGCGAUAUCGGUCAUGGAGUCCACCAGACUCUCUACACCGACGCGUACUCCGGCGAGCGGCUCAUUGCUUGCAAGGGAAAGCUGCAGACUCGCGAAGAGAUCUUGGAUGAGUACCAUAUUCGCGGGCAGGCAGUACCUCAGGAUGAGCCGUUCUUUGACUUCGACAACCUUCGAUUUUCCUGGCCUUUUGCAAGGCAAAGGGGCUGCGAGCGCUGUUAG